AUGUUGUUAGUACGCUCCUUAUUCCUUCUCAUCUAUGCAUUAUUGUGCUGGAUUUCCACUGCUACUACUAGCUCUGAGCAUGAUCACCAAACCAAGGGUCUCAAAGUGGGCGUAGGCAUGGGCGACAUUACUGGUCCAGCUGCCGAGAUUACCAUGAUGGGAUAUGCUGAUCUAAGCCAAACGGGCAAAGGAAUUCUGCAACGUAUCUUUGCACGAGCUUUUAUCAUUGCCAACGAUGAUGAUCGCAUUGUCUUUGUCAAUUCGGAUACAGCAGCUGUCGGUGACAUUGUCAAGAAACGGGUUGUGAAGAAAUUGCAAGCAUUGUAUGGCAACAAAGUCUACACGGAGAAAAACGUGAUGAUCUCGAGUACCCAUAACCAUAACAGCAUGGGCGGUUACUUGCAGCAUGCCAUGUAUGAAAUCAGCGUGCUUGGAUGGAUUGAAGAAACCACAAAGCCUAUGGUCGAAGGCAUCGUCAAUGCUAUUGUUCGUGCUCAUGAUCAUUUACAAGAUGGCACUAUCACCGUCAGCCGUGAUGAAUUGUUGAAUACUAGCAUUAGCCGUUCUCCCGCCGCUUAUUUACUCAACCCCAAGGAGGAGCGCGCCGAGUACAAGUAUGAUGUGGAUAAGGAAAUGACCUUACUCGGUUUCCGUGACCAAGAUGGCAACGGCUUGGGCUUCCUCAAUUGGUUUGCUGUUCACGGCGUGUCGAUCAACAAAACCAAUCACUUGGUCAAUGGUGACAACAAAGGCUAUGCUGCUUAUGCUGCUGAAAAGCAUUACAACCCUGGAAAGCUCGCUGGCAAAGGACCAUUCGUUGCUGGAUUUGCACAAGCAAACGAAGGUGAUGUCACUCCCAAUACUGUUGGCCCAUUCUGUUCAGGCACGGAUAUACCAUGCGAUGGGACGCGUGAUACGAAAUGCCCAGGCACAUCAACCUGUAAUGGCAGAGGACCUGGUUGGGAAAAAGGCGAUCUUGAAUCCAAUCGCAUUAUUGGUCAAAACCAAGCCGACAAAGCUAUCGAGCUCUUUGAGCAUGGUGAUGAGCUCAUGAAGUUAUCAGGCCCCAUUGACUACCGUCAAAAGUUCUGGCACAUUAGCAAGGCCGUUGUCAACCGAGAAGAUGGCACCAAUGUCUCAUUAUGUCCAUCUGCAAUGGGUUAUGGAUUCGCUGCUGGUACAACGGAUGGUCCUGGACUCUCUGUAUUCUUCCAGAACACCACUCAUGGCAAUCCAUUCUGGGAUUUUGUUGCUGAUUUGCUCAAGAAGCCAAGCAAAGAGCAAGAAGAAUGCCAACAACCAAAACCUGUGCUUCUCAAUACCGGCGAGAUCAAAGUACCUUAUGAAUGGCAACCUAGUAUCAUUGACGUCCAAUUGGUGCGCAUAGGAAAUUUCUUUAUUGCAGCUGUGCCAUCUGAAAUGACAACUAUGAGCGGACGUCGUCUCCGAAAAGCUAUCAAAAAGGUGUUGAUUGAGCAGGGUGUGGGAAACAACGAUACCAUUGUUAUCCAAACACUCGCUAAUGGAUAUGCGUCUUAUUGUGCCACCUAUGAAGAAUAUCAAAUGCAACGAUAUGAGGGUGCCUCGACACCUUAUGGGCCGCAUACACUGGAUGCAUACAUUCAGGUGUUCACCGAGCUGGCUACAGCUAUGGCCAAAGGAGAGCCUAUCAAAGAUUCUGAAACGCUUCCCGAUUACACAGGCAAAGCGUUCAACCUUGCACCUUCUUUUCCAGCCGAUAAUCCUGGCGUGGGCAAAUCAUUUGGCGACAUUAUCAAGGACGUAAACAAGGAUGGCAACUAUUCACGAGCUGAUAAACCUGUCGUGUCAGCAACCUUUGUCGCUGGCAACCCACGCAACAAUGUCAUGUUGGAAGGCACCUUUUUGACUAUUGAGCAAAAGCAAGAACAUCACAACAAGACGUCCACUUGGAAAGUCGUCCGAAACGAUCACGAUUAUGAUACCCGUUUCCUCUUUUCUUACAAGGCCAAAAUCUUUGGUUUAUCACAGGCCAAGAUUGAGUGGCAUGUAGACGAGGAGGUGCCAGCGGGGACAUAUCGCAUUGGCUACUUUGGCCACCACAAGAAGACUCUCACUGGCGAGGUCAAACCGCACAAAGGCUAUUCUUCUGAAUUUACUAUAGUGCCAUAA